GCCGAGACGGAAGCUGUAAACAAUAAAACACUCAACCCGUCCAUCAUCCAUGCGCUAAACAUGCAUUUAUCCGCGACGACGGUGCUCUUGUGCCUGUUCUGUGCCCUCAGACCCGCUCGAGGUUACUAUGGCAACCCCUUGAACAAGUACAUCCGUCACUACGAGGGUCUGUGGUACGACACGGAGCCGGUCCACAGCAGUCAUCAGAGAGCCAAGAGGACGCUGUCGCAUCAGUUCCUGAACCUGGAGUUCCACGCACACGGCAGACAUUUCAACCUGCGCAUGAAGAGAGACACGCAGCUGUUCUCUGAUGAUUUUAAACUGGAGAUGUCUGGAGAGGAGAUGAACUACGACACCUCACACGUCUACACUGGAGAGAUAUAUGGUGAACAGGGCACUCUGACUCACGGAUCCAUCGUGGAUGGGAGGUUCGAGGGCUUCAUUCAGUCUCAUCGAGGAACAUAUUACGUGGAACCGGCCGAGAGAUACCUGGAGGAUAAAAGCGUCCCGUUCCACUCCGUCAUCUACCACGAGGACGACAUAAAUUAUCCCCAUAAAUACGGUCCUGAAGGCGGCUGUGCAGAUUCAUCUGUGUUUGAGAGAAUGAAGAAAUAUCAGUCGGCAACGCUGGAGGAGCCGCAGAAGGAGCAGAAGUCUGCAGAUGAUCUCCUGAGGAAGAGGAGGAUGACACAGGUGGAGAAGAACACGUGUCAACUCUUCAUCCAGACCGAUCAUCUGUUCUACAAAUACUACAAGACCAGAGAGGCCGUCAUCGCUCAGAUCUCCAGUCAUGUGAAGGCCAUUGAUGCCAUAUAUCAGGGAACAGAUUUCAUGGGCAUCCGGAACAUCAGCUUCAUGGUGAAGAGGAUACGGAUCAACACCACCAGUGAUGAGCGAGAUCGCUCGAACCCGUUCCGCUUCGCCAACAUCGGCGUGGAGAAGUUUCUGGAACUGAACUCUGAGCAGAAUCAUGACGAUUACUGUCUGGCGUACGUCUUCACCGAUAGAGAUUUUGACGACGGGGUGUUGGGUCUGGCCUGGGUCGGCGCGCCCGCGGGGAGUUCUGGUGGGAUCUGUGAGAAGAGUAAAUUAUAUUCUGAUGGGAAGAAGAAAUCUCUGAACACCGGAAUCAUCACCGUUCAGAAUUACGCCUCACACGUGCCUCCUAAAGUCUCACACAUCACCUUCGCUCAUGAGGUCGGACACAACUUUGGAUCUCCGCAUGAUUCGGGGUCAGAGUGCACGCCGGGCGAGUCUAAGAGCCAGGACAAGAAGGAAAGAGGAAAUUACAUAAUGUACGCUCGAGCAACAUCCGGAGACAAACUGAACAACAACAAGUUCUCCGUGUGCAGCAUCAAGAACAUCAGUCAGGUGCUGGAGAAGAAGAGAGGGAGCUGUUUCGUGGAGUCCGGUCAGCCCAUCUGUGGGAACGGUCUCGUGGAGCCGGGUGAAGAGUGUGACUGCGGUUACAGCGAUCAGUGUAAAGACGAGUGCUGCUACGAUGCUAAUCAACCAGAUAACAGGAAAUGCAAACUCAAACCAAACAAAGUGUGCAGUCCGAGUCAGGGUCCCUGCUGCACUCCUGAAUGCAUCUACAAGAGUCGCAACGACAAAUGUCGCGAGGAGUCGGAGUGCGCUCAUCAGGGAAUGUGUAACGGAGCGUCCCCUCAGUGCCCGACCUCUGAACCCAAAGCCAACUUCACCGCCUGCCACGGAGACACGCAAGUCUGCCUGAACGGAGGCUGCUCGGGCUCCAUCUGUGAGAAGUACGGUCUGGAGGUUUGCACCUGUGCCAGUGUGGACGGCAAAGACGAGACUGAACUCUGUCACGUGUGCUGCAUGGAGAAGAUGAACCCGAGCACCUGCAGCAGCACCGGCUCCGAGCACCUCGCACGGUUCUUCAACAAGAAGGUGACGACUCUGCAGGCGGGCUCGCCCUGUAAUGACUUCAAGGGUUACUGUGACGUGUUCAUGAAGUGUCGUCUGGUGGACGCUGACGGUCCUCUCGCCCGACUCAAGAAAGCCAUCUUCAACCCAGAGCUCUACGAGAACAUCGCUGAGUGGAUAGUGGCUCAUUGGUGGGCGGUGUUACUCAUGGGAAUCGCUCUGAUCAUGCUCAUGGCGGGAUUCAUUAAAAUCUGCAGCGUUCACACACCGAGCAGCAACCCAAAACUGCCCCCUCCAAAACCACUGCCAGGUACUCUGAAGAGACGACGAGCUCAACAAGCCAAUCAGCAGCAACAUCAUCAACAUCACAACCAGAACCAGAACCAGCACCCUCACGGACACCAGAACCAACGGCAGGCUCCACGCCAGGCCCAGCGCCAACCGCAGCCUCAACACCACCAUCGACAGCCCCGAGAGAACUACCAGAUGGGUCAGAUGAGACGCUGAGUUCCACAAACACCCACAGUGCCUGUGAUGAGCGUUACAGCAGACACCCGGAGUCUCUGGUCCACCGACACACUGAACAAAACCACAUCCACUCAUCUGACGCUCUACAACUGUGUGCCGAGUGUUGACUUCCAGAGUAAACUAACGUUCCCGAAAACACUCAUAUUUCUGGCCAGGUGUACGCCUCUGAUCCACACUAGAAGAGCGUUUCCCACACUGAUAAUGCAGCGAGCACACUUUGGGAAGAGAAGACUUGGAAGAGUUUUCAGUGGAUUAUGGUGCGUUCACUUUAUGUUGGAAAUUCUGUAAUUAUGAGAUUGAAACUGGUAGAAAGUGUUCACUUCUUCGAAGAACUCGUAAUAAAAACGACGUAAACUCCAACAUGACGUUGGUGCACGAUUAGUUGUGUAAAGUUCUAAAACUUUACAGGCCACGUCCACAAUAAUCAUUUUCCUACCGUCAUCGAUUGCCAAAGUGAGCAGGAAUGGAGAGUGUUGUUUUCGGUGGAGGACAAAACACAUUUUAGUGUGGGCGCGAGGUGUAAACCGUGUAACAGAGUGUGGACGUGCCCUCAGGUCUCUCCAGACCUGCAGAAUAUUCACGGUUCUAGAUCUCUGAUUGGGUGCAGAUUUUGUUCAGUCUGAUGGUAGAGCAAUGGGGCUUUACUCCAAAGAAUCAAACCGGGUCGGCCGGCGCCAUCCACCACCACGCUACAGUCCAGCAGAUCCGCUGUGAUUCUGUGUCACACUACAUCAGAGUCCUUUUCUAAAGCUACCAUGAAGAAUCCGGCACUAAACUGGAGCGGUUUACAGGAAUCCGUCAUAUAAUGCUUCCACAUGCCUGAACCCGAUCCAGUCGCGUGGAGUUUCCUCUCUUUGGAGAAACAUGAACAACUUCUCCAUCAUUCAAUCAUGUUUCUCAGCUUGCUUUGGGGAACAUGGAACAGAUACUUUUCUUUAGUUUGGUUGCCCCUCCUUGACGGAGUACUCGAGUGCCAAGGUUUACUGGGGUAUUUGUAGAUAGAGCACCUCCUGUAGUUCUCAGUUGUUUUCUUUUAAAACUCUUUAAACCCAGUGAGACUCUUGAUUUGAAUCUCUGGAGCUUUGGACGGGUGUCGCCACAUCAUCGGAAAAGGACUUUUAUUUUGUAAAAGUACGAGCCUUUCCUUUUCCGUAGUGCAGAAUCGCCUCAUCUGUACAGAGAAACCAUAUUAGUUGUAUUAUAUGUGAGAACAAAUUAUUUCUUGUACUGUCAAUAAGAGAUUUACAGUUGCAGUUUUGUUGAAACACUCAGGACUCAAAAACACAAAUGAAGGGUAUCGAUCAGUGCACAAAAUGAAACUGCCACCGGAUUGAUUUAACCAUUUACAUACUUCAUUCCUUGUGUAUUUGUUCAUUAAUGUUGUUUUUAUUUAUAUAAACACUCUAAUCUCAGUUUGACUUG